CCCGCCGCGCAAAUAAGGGCACUUUAGUCCUUUUCUACACCUAUAUUCCACUUCAAUUUUCUUAAAAAUUAAAAAUUAACACUGUUGCUCCAUUUUUUGAACUGAAAGCGAAAUAACCAAUAAGAAACCAAAUCACACACACACACACACCAGAACAAAAACAAAAAACAAAACAAAAAAACUCCCAAAACCAUGAAGAAGAAAACAUGAAGAACCAACUACAACAACAACAACACCACAACAUCCUCAACUUCAUGUUUCUCUUUCAACUACGUUUUCCUUUCUUUUUCUUACUUUAAUUCCCAAACCCAAAAAAACAUGUCACAUAAAAGUUACUAUUAUUAUUAUUAAAAAAAAAAAACACUUUUCCAGAGAUUCCUUCACAAAAAAAAACACUUUCCAGUUUCUCAAUCUUAUCUCUUCAAACAUCAUGUUUCACAAAACAUGAAGAAGAUCGUUGAAAAAACGGUGUCGUUUUAGUGUAUCAGAAUAUCUAAAUCGGUUCAAAGCUUUUCUAGCUGUUAAUAGUAGUACUUUUUUUUUUUAAGAAACCAGAUCGUUGUUAUUAUCAAGAUUAAGUUUUUCACAAGGCUCUGAUCUCAAAGAUUUCUCGAAGAUUUUAACGUGUUUUUCUUGUGUUCUUCACUGUCUCUUGUAAAGGAAACACUUUUUUUUUUUUUGCUUUCAAUGCAUGGUUUGGUUUAAAAAAGCAGUUAUAAUUGAAAUCUGGUUAGAAAAAGUUUAGUGGUUGGUGAAAGUGAUUUUGUUUGGUUUAGAGGUUUAGGAAAAACUAUGUCUUGUAAAGAUGGUAAAGGUGGAAAUGGAGGAAUAGAUAAUGGAAAAUAUGUUCGUUAUACACCUGAACAAGUUGAAGCUCUUGAGAGGCUUUAUCAUGAUUGUCCUAAACCAAGUAGUGUUCGUCGUCAACAGCUUAUUAGAGAGUGUCCUAUUCUUUCUCAUAUUGAACCUAAGCAGAUCAAAGUUUGGUUCCAAAAUAGAAGAUGUAGAGAGAAGCAGAGAAAAGAGGCUUCACGUUUGCAAGCUGUGAAUAGGAAGUUGACUGCUAUGAAUAAGCUGCUUAUGGAGGAGAAUGAUAGGUUGCAGAAACAAGUUUCUCAUUUGGUGUAUGAAAAUGGCUACUUUCGCCAACAUACAACCCAAAAUACUAAUCUUGCAACCAAAGACACAAGCUGUGAUUCAGCGGUGACUAGUGGUCAACGCAGUUUGACGGCCCAGCAUCCCCCAAGGGAUGCCAGUCCUGCAGGACUUUUGUCCAUUGCAGAAGAAACUUUAGCAGAGUUUCUUUCAAAGGCUACUGGAACUGCUGUUGAGUGGGUCCAAAUGCCUGGAAUGAAGCCUGGUCCGGAAUCUAUUGGAAUCGUUGCAAUUUCUCAUGGUUGCCCUGGUGUGGCAGCUAGAGCAUGCGGCCUAGUGGGUCUAGAACCUACAAGGGUUGCAGAAAUCCUUAAAGAUCGGCCCUCGUGGUAUCGUGAUUGCCGAGCUGUGGAUAUUCUGAACGUGCUCCCCACAGCAAAUGGUGGAACCAUUGAGCUGCUUUACAUGCAGCUAUAUGCGCCAACAACAUUGGCUCCUGCGCGGGACUUAUGGUUGUUGCGCUACACAUCUGUUUUAGAAGAUGGAAGCCUAGUGAUAUGUGAGAGGUCCCUUAAAAAUACACAGAAUGGUCCAAGCAUGCCUCCUGUGCAGCAUUUUGUCCGAGCUGAGAUGCUUCCCAGUGGGUACUUGAUAAGACCUUGUGAAGGAGGUGGUUCCAUAAUCCACAUUGUUGAUCAUAUGGAUUUAGAGCCAUGGAGUGUUCCUGAAGUAUUGCGUCCACUGUAUGAAUCAUCAACAAUGCUGGCUCAGAAGACAACAAUGGUGGCCCUACGUCACUUGAGGCAGAUUUCACAUGAAGUUUCUCAGUCUAAUGUCACUGGGUGGGGUAGACGACCGGCAGCACUUCGAGCACUUGGUCAAAGAUUGAGCCGGGGUUUCAAUGAGGCACUCAAUGGGUUUAGUGAUGAGGGAUGGUCAAUGAUUGGCAAUGACGGUGUUGACGAUGUUACAAUUCUAGUGAAUUCAUCGCCUGACAAAUUAAUGGGUCUGAAUCUAUCAUUUGCCAAUGGAUUUCCAUCUGUCAGUAAUGCAGUCUUAUGUGCUAAAGCUUCAAUGCUAUUACAAAAUGUGCCUCCAGCCAUUCUACUAAGGUUUCUACGGGAGCAUAGAUCAGAAUGGGCAGACAACAACAUGGAUGCUUACUCAGCUGCUGCUAUCAAAGUUGGCCCUUGUAGUUUUGCAGGAUCUCGGGUUGGAAAUUACGGGGGUCAAGUAAUUCUUCCUCUAGCCCACACUAUUGAGCACGAGGAGUUUCUGGAAGUCAUUAAAUUGGAAGGAAUUGCUCAUUCUCCAGAAGACACAAUAAUGCCUAGAGAAGUGUUUCUUUUACAACUGUGCAGUGGAAUGGAUGAGAAUGCUGUUGGUACCUGUGCUGAGCUUAUAUUUGCUCCAAUUGAUGCAUCUUUUGCUGAUGAUGCCCCCCUUCUGCCUUCUGGAUUUCGCAUUAUUCCUCUUGAUUCGGGAAAGGAAGUGGUCAACCCAAAUCGCACCCUUGACCUGGCAUCUGCCCUUGAUAUUGGCCCUGCUGGAAACAAAUCUUCAAAUGAUAGUUCUGGAAAUUCUGGCUGUAUGAGAUCAGUGAUGACAAUAGCAUUUGAAUUUGCUUUUGAAAGUCAUAUGCAAGACCAUGUAGCAUCUAUGGCACGGCAAUAUGUUCGCAGCAUUAUAUCGUCUGUCCAAAGGGUAGCAUUGGCACUUUCACCUUCUAAUUUGAGUUCACAAGCUGGCCUUAGGACACCACUUGGUACUCCUGAAGCUCAAACGCUUGCUCGUUGGAUCUGUAACAGUUAUAGGUGCUUCUUGGGUGCUGAGUUACUUAAAUCUAAUAAUGAGGGGAACGAAUCUUUACUCAAGUCCUUGUGGCAUCACUCCGAUGCAAUACUAUGCUGCACUCUAAAGGCAAUGCCCGUGUUCACUUUUGCAAACCAGGCAGGGCUUGACAUGCUGGAGACUACCUUAGUUGCUUUACAGGAUAUAGCAUUGGAGAAAAUAUUUGAUGACCAUGGCCGAAAGAUUCUGUGCUCGGAGUUUCCUCAAAUUAUACAACAGGGUUUUGCAUGUCUUCAAGGUGGUCUUUGUCUCUCAAGCAUGGGGAGACCUAUUUCAUAUGAAAGAGUAGUGGCUUGGAAGGUGCUGAAUGAAGAAGAGAAUGGUCAUUGUAUUAGUUUUAUGUUUGUGAACUGGUCUUUUGUUUGACAUUGUUAAGACUUGUUUUGUUGACAUUGUUAUUAGAGAAUAGGAUUCAAAGUGUUAAAGAGGAAGCACUCUUAUUAAGACGUGUUUUGUUGCUUGGUGUUUUGCUAUAUUUGCUGCAAAAACUUGGAUUGCAUGUAAAAACCUAACUACUUAUGUAUUAACCUAUGUUACUUCUUUACUUAUAA